UCUCCCUCGCCCAUAAAAUCUGAAUAUUCUAUUUGAACCCUCUAAUGAAAAAGUUGCAGAAGCGCCACAUGCACACAUUCUCUGCUCUCUUCUCCCGUGCUUUUCCGAAAAAGAUAAAUUAGAGACAGAUAGGAAAUGUGGAGGUUAAAGAUAGCAGCAGGAGGAAAUCCAUGGCUAAGAACGACGAAUAAUCAUAUCGGAAGACAGGUUUGGGAGUUCGAUCCUACACUAACUCUAUCUCCUCGAGAGAUCGAAGAGAUCGAAAAUGCGCGUCGAAAUUUUACGGAAAAUAGGUUCCUAUUCAAGCAUAGUGCAGAUCUAAUCAUGCGCAUGCAGUUUGUGAAGGAGAAUCCGGUGCCGGAAGUGUUGCCGGAAGUGAAGGUGAAGGAGAGCGAGGAGGUUACGGAGGAGGCGGUUGCUGCAACGUUGAAGAGAGCUUUGAAUUUUUAUUCAAGUAUACAAGCUCAUGAUGGACAUUGGCCUGGUGAUUAUGGCGGUCCUAUGUUUCUCUUGCCUGGCUUGGUGAUUACUUUGUCAAUUACGGGAGCAUUGAAUGCAGUGUUAUCGGAUGAACAUAAAAAGGAGAUGAUCCGGUAUCUCUACAAUCACCAGAACAGAGAUGGGGGGUGGGGUUUGCAUAUUGAGGGACCGAGUACAAUGUUUGGUUCCGUGUUGAAUUAUGUUACUUUAAGGUUGCUGGGAGAAGGGCCGAAUGAUGGAGAUGGGGCAAUGGACAAGGGGCAUGAUUGGAUUCUGAAUCAUGGUAGUGCAACUAUGAUAACAUCGUGGGGGAAAAUGUGGCUUUCAGUACUUGGAGUGUUUGAGUGGUCUGGAAAUAAUCCAAUGCCCCCUGAGAUGUGGCUUCUCCCUUAUUUACUCCCAGUCCAUCCAGGAAGGAUGUGGUGUCACUGCCGGAUGGUCUAUCUGCCUAUGUCCUACUUAUAUGGGAAGAGGUUUGUUGGUCCAAUCACUCCAAUAGUUUUAUCUUUGCGAAAGGAGCUGUUCACUGUCCCAUAUCAUGAAAUAGACUGGAAUCAAGCACGCAAUCUGUGUGCUAAGGAGGACUUGUACUACCCUCACCCACUGGUGCAAGAUGCACUAUGGGCUUUACUUGACAAGGCUGCUGAACCAGUUUUAAUGCAUUGGCCUGGAAAAAAGUUGAGAGAACAGGCUCUUCAUACUGCAAUGGAGCACAUGCACUAUGAAGAUGAAAAUACUCGAUAUAUUUGCAUAGGACCUGUAAAUAAGGUGUUAAAUAUGCUAUGCUGUUGGGUGGAAGACCCUAACUCUGAAGCUUUCAAGUUGCAUCUUCCUAGAAUACAGGAUUACCUCUGGCUUGCUGAAGAUGGAAUGAAAAUGCAGGGUUACAAUGGAAGUCAAUUGUGGGACACUUCUUUUGCUGUUCAAGCAAUUAUUUCAACUAAGCUUGUGGAGGAAUAUGGUCCAACUUUAAGAAAAGCACAUGCAUAUAUUAAAAAUUCACAGGUUUUGGAAGAUUGCCCUGGAGAUCUUAGUUUCUGGUAUCGCCAUAUUUCCAAAGGUGCAUGGCCUUUCUCAACUGCAGAUCAUGGAUGGCCCAUCUCAGAUUGCACAGCAGAAGGACUAAAAGCUGCUCUCUUAUUAUCAAAAAUUACACCUGAGAUUGUUGGGGAACCAUUAGCUGCAAACCGAUUUUAUGAUGCAGUAAAUGUCAUCCUCUCAUUACAGAAUGGGGAUGGUGGCUUUGCGACAUAUGAGCUCACAAGAUCUUACAGCUGGUUAGAGUUGAUCAACCCUGCUGAAACUUUUGGCGACAUUGUUAUUGAUUACCCAUAUGUUGAAUGUACUUCAGCUGCAAUUCAAGCUUUGGUUUCAUUUAAGAAAUUAUAUCCUGGACAUCGGCAAGAAGAAAUAGAAAGAUGUAUCAGAAAGGCAACUAAGUUCAUUGAAAGUAUCCAGGAGAAGGAUGGCUCAUGGUAUGGCUCAUGGGGUGUUUGCUUCACCUAUGGCACAUGGUUUGGCAUAAAUGGACUGGUGGCUGCUGGAAAUUUUUUUAAUGAUAACUCCAGUAUCCGCAAAGCCUGUGAUUUUCUGCUAUCCAAACAAUGUUCUUCUGGUGGCUGGGGAGAGAGUUAUCUUUCAUGUCAAAACAAGGUUUAUUCAAAUCUUGAAGGGAACAAGACUCACGUGGUAAACACAGCAUGGGCUAUGUUGGCUCUCAUUGAAGCUGGGCAGGCUGAGAGAGAUCCAGAACCGUUGCACUGUGCAGCGAGGUUCUUGAUAAAUUCCCAAAUGGAAAAUGGAGAUUUUCCGCAGGAGGAAAUCAUGGGAGUUUUCAACAGGAAUUGUAUGAUAACAUACGCUGCCUACAGGGACAUUUUCCCCAUUUGGGCAUUGGGAGAAUACCGGUGUCGGGUGUUGCAGGCUAAGGCUUCAUAAGAGUACCUAGCCAAUCCGAUACCAUUUUCAAUGCUUUGCGCCUCCAUUGUUUGUUUCUUUCAGGCCCAAUGCAUCUCCUCAUUGCUUGGAAUAUCACGAAGAACAAGCUGUAACCUUGUAAUGAGAAGAGAGUUGAAAAAGACUUGAAAUCAAAGAGCAAUCAAUCAAAACUUCUUCAAAAAAUGGGAUGAAGAAGAUCAAGUUCUGCAAUUUCAAAAUCCAUUUCAGGUGCAGUAGCUUCAUGUCCAGUAUCAAUUAAUUGCUAGAAUCUAAACCUUACACAAAGUAUUGGUAAGCGACUCCUGUAUCUUUGUCUAAUUUAUGUAAUUUAUAUCCUUUGUAAUGUUAUCUAUCUAUUUUAUCCCAA